UUUAUUGAAGCAAAUGUAAAAUCUUCAAUGUGAUGUGAUUGUUAAUCGACUUUUAUCGUUUCUUGUACAUUUUAAUUCAAUUCAAAGUUUCCUGUUUUAGAAGAAAGUUUUUUUGAGGUUAUAUACAUCGACCAUUUGCUACGGACAAUUUCAUUUGAUAAUAUUCCUGUUACAUUUAUCGUAUUCUUAGUAUAGUGCUUUUCAAGAUACCAUUAUUAAAUAAUGGCGGAGGAAACGGUUGGCGAUGUAAAAGAUUUAGAAGCGAUUGACAUAUUUCUUUUCUCUAAUGGCGACCACAAUACUCCGCCAAGGAAAUAUCAUCUGAAUACAGAUACAUUUGUGAUGUGGGACGAUACCCUGAAAAGCUUAGGGCGUUCACAUUUCGGUAUUGAUGAUACAGUUAUAGAUAUAUACACUAUUACUGGACAUAAAAUUGACGACCCUUCUCAACUGAUCCAUCAAGCAGCAUACGUCGCUGUCAAACCUCCCACGGCGUUCAUACAAACUGGAUAUGAAAACUAUCUGAUCAGGGCAACUAGGUCGUGGGAAAAAAGGUUAUUGAAAAUAUCAAAUAGUAUGGACUCAUCCACAAAAGGUAACACUGAAAGUGUUUUAUUAAAAUCACAAUUCAAUAAAGAAAUUUAUGACAAUGAAAAGAAGAAUGAAAUCUCAAACCCAGCAGUGGUAGAAAAACUUAAACGAAGUCUAGUAAGGCCUUAUAUAGUUGAUUUAAAAGCACCUCAAGGUCGUGAAAAAAUCAGUAAAAUCCCUGAACUGAAACAUAUCCAAAGAAAGAAAACUCCGCAAAUCGCACUUCGACAGAGAAGUAGCCCUUUUAAAGUAACAUCUGCAUCAAAAAAAGUGCUAAUAAAGACAAAGGGGGAAAUCCAUAAGAAAUUACCUGAUUUAAAAAAAUUGGUCUUAGCAACUCCUAAAGAGAAAAAAAUAAAUAACACCAUUAAAGGAAAUCAAGACAACCAAAUUUUUUCUUCAAAUAAUAUUAUCAAUGUUGUUGAUAAUGUAAAUGUCACAGAAAGUGCCAAUAGCUCUGGUGAAAAAAUAAGUUCAGUGAAAAUAAACCAUCAAAAUGCAGACGAUAAAAAGAAAAACGUGGAGAAAAUAGUAAUAUCGAAUAUUUACAAAAAUCCAGAAAAGGAAUAUUUGUCAAUGACAGGAAUAAAAUAUGAUGAAGCACCAAAUGUUACAGACGAAACCAAAAGCCUAUCUUACGCUGAUACGAAAUGUAUUAAAACUUAUUGUACUUGUUGUAAUAAUAAAUCAAGUAAAAAAUCUAUAACUCAUGGAGAAAACAAAACUAAUACGGAAACAUCUGAUAACGAUACAAUAUCUGAAGUCCCUGUUGAAAUUCAAACGUGCGUAAGUUGCUGCGAAACACGAAAACAAUUAAAUAAUUUCGUUGCCAUUUUAAAUAACGACAAAGUGCUAAAGUUACAUUUAAAUUUAGAAAUUAAAGACUGUAACAUGUCGCUAAUGUCUGAUCAAUUCAACGCUAAAACAACACACGAAACACAAGCUUGUAUUUCUAUAAUUAAAACUGAAAAAGAAACGCAAGUAAAUUUUUAUGAUCAGUUAAAUGAAGAGAUUUACGAUGAUGUAAAUAAAACAGAAUAUAUUCUUCAACAUUCUGAUGACGAACUAAAAGAUAUAAUCAAAGAUGACAACAAAAUAGUGAUUAUUAAUUGUUCUUGUUGCGAUUGCUUAAAGCUACAUCGUCUGCAACAAUUAAAUGUUAAAUAUAAAAAUACCUAUAGUGAAGACAUUUUGUAUGAAUUAGCUAAAGCAAUAGAAGCAAAUAGAUGUGAAUGCAGAAAUGACGUGCAAAAUACUCAACUAAAUGCCAAUCCUAGCCCCAAAAUAGCUACAAAUAACUAUGAGGAAUGUGAGGAAAAAACAUUAACAGUAACGUCCGUGCAAAAACUUUUAUGUAGUCACGAAACUAAUACGUGUAAAGAUAAUUUAAACAGUGAUGAGUUUCCAAAAUUAAUAGUUGCCAUUGAUGAAUAUUCGAAUCAAAUGUCAAAUGUAUCAAAGAAAACGGAUAUUGUUAAGAAAUAUGUCAACAGCAGUACCCAAACGAACUGGUAUAACGUAAUGUUGGAAGCAAGGCAUCGUACGAACGGUCAGUAUAGUUUCCAUUUGCCUCCUCUUUAUAAAAUUAAAAAUUACAACAUUGAUUAAAAGGAA